UUUUUGGUAAUUUUUUUUAUAAUUUUUGGCUGUUUUAAGAAUAGGAAUAGUUCAGAUUUUGCCUAGAAAAUUUGGUAAAGCACAGUUAAAAGUGUUAAGAAGAUAAAAACACUUACUGUUCCUAUCUCGUUAAAUAUGGAGGACAAAGAAAGAGUUGUUCAAAAGCAUAUUGUGGCUUUUUGUUCCAUAUUGCCCAGUCACAUAGAAUGUUGGAAAACCACUUUAAAAGAACUUCAAAAUCCCAUAAAAGCUGUUUCUAACUUUGCGGAACAGUUACGCUAUGUAGAUAGAGCAAAGAUUAGUUACAUAAAUGAUUUUGAACAAGUACAGAAUCAGCUAAAAACUAAAAUCUUAAUUGAUAUUGAACAAGAAUUGGAAUCUAUUAAAAAUAAUCUAGAUAAAUUAUCAAAAAUUAAUCAAGAUCUGAAGAACAAAUUGUCACAAUUAGAAAGAUCGACAAUAGAUAUAAACUGGGAUUCAGAAUCCUUUACGAUAAGAGGUAGUCCAACACAACCAGCAUUAACAAUAAUUUUGCAACUAGGAUACCAGUAUCAUAUAUUCUUUUCUGAUAUUUUAAAGAACGUAAAUAGGACAUUAAAAUGUAUAGAUUUUAAGAACGACAAAUCUAUAGAACAGUUUGUUAAAUCCUGUCCCUCUAAUAUAGAAAGUUUAGACUGUAAAAAUAUUAAAUAUCUUUUAGCUUUAACUCAGUACGUUGUAACCAAUAAAAAUACAUAAUUAAUUGCUAUUUACUUACAUUUGCAGUAUUAA